AUGGUUGGAUUAAUCUGCGGCAGGGUUGGAGUGGCAGAGAGUCAAGGGGUCAGUCAAAUUGGAGGUAUUGCCAAGAAAAUGGAGUCUCAGCUAGAUGGCAAGGAAGUGAAGCUAAACAAGGGCCCAACCAGGAAGGCGUUACAGGACAGAAUCUUGGCCAUCGUGUCUAUCCUGUUCAUCGUACUCUCCACCAUUGCUCUGUCUCUCAACACUCUUCCAGAGCUUCAGGAAAUGGAUGAAUUUGGACAACCCAACGACAACCCCCAAUUAGCACACGUGGAGGCUGUGUGUAUUGCUUGGUUUACCAUGGAGUACCUUUUACGCUUCCUGUCCUCACCAAAUAAGUGGAAGUUCUUUAAAGGCCCACUAAAUGUCAUUGAUUUGCUGGCCAUCUUGCCAUAUUAUGUCACCAUCUUCCUCACGGAGUCCAACAAGAGUGUGCUGCAGUUCCAGAACGUGAGGCGCGUGGUUCAGAUCUUCCGGAUCAUGCGCAUUCUCAGAAUCCUGAAACUCGCCAGACAUUCCACAGGCCUGCAGUCUCUGGGGUUCACCCUCAGACGGAGUUACAACGAAUUGGGCUUGUUGAUAUUAUUUUUGGCCAUGGGGAUAAUGAUAUUUUCCAGCCUGGUGUUUUUUGCUGAGAAAGAUGAAGAUGCUACCAAGUUCACCAGUAUCCCGGCAUCGUUUUGGUGGGCCACCAUCACCAUGACCACCGUAGGCUAUGGUGACAUUUACCCGAAGACAUUAUUGGGGAAAAUCGUGGGAGGCCUCUGCUGUAUUGCCGGGGUCCUGGUUAUUGCCCUUCCCAUCCCAAUCAUCGUGAACAAUUUUUCUGAAUUUUACAAGGAGCAAAAACGCCAGGAGAAGGCAAUUAAAAGGAGAGAGGCUCUUGAGCGGGCCAAGAGGAAUGGCAGCAUCGUUUCUAUGAACUUAAAAGAUGCCUUUGCCCGAAGCAUGGAACUGAUAGACGUGGCCGUGGAGAAGGCAGGAGAGUCGGCCAACACGAAGGACUCGGCUGAUGAUAAUCACCUCUCUCCAAGCCGGUGGAAGUGGGCCAGGAAAGCUCUGUCGGAAACAAGCUCCAACAAAUCUUUCGAGAAUAAGUACCAGGAGGUUAGCCAGAAAGACUCCCACGAGCAGCUGAACAACACUUCUUCCUCCAGCCCCCAGCAUCUGAGUGCCCAGAAACUGGAGAUGCUGUACAACGAAAUCACCAAGACCCAGCCUCACUCUCACCCGAACCCAGACUGCCAAGAACAGCCCGAGAGGCCGUCUGGGUACGAAGAAGAGAUAGAAAUGGAAGAAGUGGUCUGCCCGCAGGAGCAGCUGGCUGUGGCACAGACCGAGGUCAUUGUGGACAUGAAGAGCACCUCCAGCAUAGACAGCUUCACUAGCUGUGCCACCGACUUCACAGAGACGGAGAGGUCGCCCCUGCCGCCACUGUCCGCCUCUCACUUGCAGAUGAAGUUCCCGCCCGACCUCACAGGGACAGAAGAGCACCAAAGAGCCAGGGGGCCCCCAUUUCUCACACUAACCAGAGAGAAAGGGCCUGUGGCCAGGGAUGCCACCCUGGAAUAUGCUCCAGUCGACAUAACUGUGAGCCUGGAUGCCAGCGCUUCCCAAAGCGGGCUCCACGGCCCUUUGCAGUCUGACAGUACCUCCGAGAGCCCUAAGAGUUCGCUGAAAGGCAGCAACCCGCUAAAAGCCAGAUCCCUCAAAGUGAACUUUAAGGAAAACAGAGGCAGUGCCCCACAGACCCCGCCCAGCACUGCCAGGCCACUGCCCGUCACCGCGGCUGACUUUUCCCUCACCACCCCGCAGCUCAUCAGCACCAUCCUCUUAGAAGAGACCCCCUCCCAGGGAGACAGACCCUUGCUGGGCACCGAGGUUUCGGCACAUUGUCAGGGACCUUCCAAAGGGCUGACCCCUCGGUUUCCCAAGCAGAAACUCUUUCCUUUCUCGUCGAGAGAGAGGAGGAGCUUCACGGAAAUAGACACUGGCGAAGACGAUGACUUCUUAGAGCUCCAGGGGCCAAGACGGGACAUGCAGGCCGACCCCAGCCCAAACUGCUGUGCAGAUAAACCUAGUGAUGGAAGAGACCCUUUAAGAGAAGAGGCCUGUGUGGGCUCUUCCUCCCCCCAGGACACAAGUCACAACUGUAGGCAAGACAUUUACCAUGCUGUGGCUGAAGUAAAAAAGGACAAUAGUCAAGAAGGGUGCAAGAUGGAAAACCACUUGUUUGCCCCAGAAAUUCAUUCCAACCCAGGAGACACAGGUUAUUGUCCCACACGUGAAACCAGCAUGUGACUAGUUACAAAAGCAAUAAAAAAAAAAAAAAAAAAAAAACUUGUUUCUUAAAAAUGAGGUAAUAAUGCCCGUGAACUAAAAAAAUGGGAAGCCCCCCCCAAAAAAGUGCAUAAAAUGUUAUUUUUGCAUGGCAUGAACAGUUUAGUUUAAGUACUGUUUAAAUAAAGAGUCAAGACUGCAUUUUGUAACAAACACAAAAUGACUGAGGAACGGUGAACAAAUAAAGAGAGCU